AUGCCGAAAACUUACCUCCAGGUGCUUAUGUCCAAUACAUCCAGUUAUCCCAUCAUUAAGACCCAUAUGUACAAUACUUACACAUCAUCGUUAACGACGCUCAUCCCACAAGUUCUCACAUUCAAAAUGACCACUGCUACUUUUGCUGUUGACCCAUGCUUGUCGUCUGAAUCAGAAUCAUCGUAUGAUGGAAAUUCUAGCUUGUCCUCCUUGUCUGCCACAGGCUUCUCACAUUCUAAUUUCGUGAAAAUAACGACGGAAGAUGACAGAGGGGACAAACGCCGUGUACGAUUAUGGGUAAAUAUUGUACAGAUGGCUCUUAUUGAUAGGAUAACGGGAUAUACUGGACAAAAGCACCCGGAGGAAAAUUGCUUCUCAGUAUCCUUACUUUGUCAUUUUAUUCUUUCAGCUGCACUUGGAGCAAUUUUGCAUGUAAUAUCCACUUCACUUCUUGGGAUUACGGCAAUCACCAUGGCAAAUACUAUUGCUGGUGAAGAAACAGUGCAUAAGCUUGCUUCAAUUUUGCUCAUAUUUCUUGGUGGUGGUUAUGUUCUGUUGUUUUUGUCUGGAAAGGGUGGCCAUAGUCAUUCUCACAACCAACCCAUGGAGAAAAUGGCUGUUGCUGGACUCAUUCUUGUUCCUGCAUUAUCUCCUUGUGCAACAACACUUCCAGUAUUUCUUGCUGUUGGAAAUUCAUCUUCCAUGAUGGUUCUUGCCAUUAUAGUGCUGCUUCUCAGCACUAUAACUGUGAUGACGUCACUUGUGGCGUUGUCAUUCUAUGGGGCCAGUCAGCUAAAGUUUCAUUGGGUGGAGCGGUAUGACAAACUUCUUGUUGGCUCAGUGCUGUGUUUGGUAGGAGUUCUGACCCUAAUUUUCCAUGAUCAUGAUCAUGAUGGAGACCUAAGCUCUUUUGGAGGGCACUCCCACAGGAAAAUCAUUUCCCCAUGAGAAUCAUUCAGGGCCUGUUAUUUUGAAGCUUCUGGGCUUUGCCACUGUUGCUACUUGCAGUACAGAGAUUUGAUCAGCUUAGUCUAGUUAAUAGUGGGUGGAAACUUGAUUUCCAAAUCUAAAGGGGCAGUUGGUGGAUGAAUUGCUUUGUUUCUUUCUAUAGUUUACCCUCAUGUGCUUGUCUGAAAUUAGUUUUUCCCCAUUUUUGAUUGAAGUGUGUCAUUCAAACCCCCAUGGAGUGUCCAGUUUCCACUUGGCCACCCUGAGUCAAAAGUAUAUUCCCCUAAUAUUUUGAGCAAUUUCAUGUUCUCAUGAUUUGUUUUGUCAAAAUUUGGAUGGAAAAUACUAUUUCCUCAUGCAAUACACAAGCAGGUUGAGUGA